GUCUCAACCGGCGGUACAAUCGGAUGAUCCCGGGCGGGCGGAGCCAAGUAGGAGGAAACGGUACUGUUGGCUGACUGCUCUCAAGAAAACCGGCGACGAGCCUCCAUACCACCAUACCCGGCAGGUUCACAUCUUCUCAGCUUUCCACGAACCGACACGGCCACAGCAAGCAAGCAAGAUAGCCUAUUAAAGCCAAACUUCAGUCAUAAAACAACAUCCAGCUUCUUAUAAACCGAGCUGCUGUAUGCUGCGGGUUCUACAGAGAUCUGUGAAGGAGAUUAACGGACACUCGGGAUGGAGACGCAGAUACAUGUGCCUGUUGGGUCGCCGGUGAUUAGAAAAAUCCCCAUUUUCGUGGACGAACACAACGUGACUGAGGGGGCCAUGAAACUGAUCCAGGAGCUGAGACCGGCCUGGGACAAGAACCUCAUCAAGACUAAGCUCUUCACUGAUGGAACCACAAACAAAUUGGUGGGCUGCUACACGGAGGACAGUCCAGAGGAUGUGGUCCUUGUCCGAGUGUACGGAAACAAGACAGAGCUGAUUGUGGACCGAGACAAUGAGCUCAAAAGCUUUCAGGUGCUACAUGCUAACGGAUGUGCUCCUCACCUCUAUUGCACCUUUCAGAACGGCAUCUGCUACGAGUUCAUGCAGGGGGACGCUCUGGGGACGCAGGAUGUGAGGGAUCCUACAUUACUCAGACUUAUAUCCAGAGAGAUGGCUCGUAUCCAUGCCAUCCAUGCACACAAUGGCUGCAUUCCCAAACCCAACCUCUGGAUUAAGAUGCGAAAAUACUUCUCCCUCGUGGCAACAGAGUUCACUGACCAAGCGUCCAACGCCAGAAUCCAGCAGGAAUGUCCCAGUAAAGCAGUGCUGGAGCAGGAGAUGGUGUGGAUGAAGGAGCACCUCUCCACUCUGGGCUCCCCUGUGGUUCUAUGCCACAAUGACCUGCUGUGCAAGAACAUCAUCCACAACACUAAAGAGGGUCAUGUUCGCUUCAUAGACUAUGAAUACUCAAGCUACAACUACCAGGCCUUCGACAUCGGGAACCACUUCAAUGAAUUUGCAGGAAUGGCAGAGCUGGACUAUGGGCUGUACCCCAGUCGGGAGAUGCAGAUGGAGUGGCUCAAAGUCUACCUGCAGGCAUACAAACUCUUCACCAAGAAAACAGAGGAGGUCAGCCAGCGAGAGCUGGAGACGCUCUACGUACAGGUCAACAAGUUUGCUCUGGCUUCUCACUUCUUCUGGGGCUUCUGGGCGCUCAUACAGGCCAAAUACUCCUCCAUCGACUUCGACUUCCUCGGGUACGCUGUGCUACGUUUCAACCAGUACUUCAAGACCAAACCAGAGCUGAUGGCCCUUCAGAUCCCAGAAUGAGAGAGGACAGAGGCAAACCGAGCGGAGAGAAGACAGGAGGGAGGGGACAUCAGGCAUAAUGCUGGGACUUCCUGUAGGGUGGUAACACUCUCUCUUUGGGCCAGCUGUUUCUAGACCGCUGCUCGGUCUACCUGGCCUCCUUUUCUGCAACAAGCGCAAUUAUUAUUUCAUUCCUCCACCUUAGGUCCAGGCCUGUCACAACUGUAGCUCCAGAAGUGUCCAUGAGGUCUGUCAGUCUGUCUGUGAGUGAGUGAGUGAGUGAGUGAGUGAGUGAGUGAGUGAGUGAGUGAGUGAGUGAGUGAGUGAGUGAGUGAGUGAGUGAGUGAGUGAGUGAGUGAGUGAGUGAGUGAGUGAGUGUAUGCUUUUGUUUGUAUUAACUCAUCUAGAGAAACAGGACUUCUCUUUCUUCUUAGGGCAGCUGAACGAGGCGUAGUAAGCCCUGCAGUCUGACUUAACGUUAGAGAUAAUACACUUAAAACCUGCUCGGCUGUUAAUCACACUGACACCAACGUGUGUCACUACAAUGGUAAGGAGGCUCAAACAAGAAUGAGACCAUUUAGGAAGGUAAAUACAGACCUUCAUAUACUUCAGCCAUCCCUUCAUCUGUCUAUAGAUCUCAACAUUUAGACCAAAUCUUCACGAUUCGUCCUCAUUUUUCAUCUUUGGUGCCAAGUGCUGUGUACCUCUGCAUCAGCUGUGUACUCGGGGCAUUACUGUGUUGUCUCUCCCUGAUCUUUGUCUCUUGUUGCAGUUAGAUCUCCUUUCAGUUUCUCUUCUAGUUACUUCAGACAAGCUGCUGCUAAUGCUAGAAACUAACAAAUGAGAUGUUUGCUAGUGGACUCUUCCCUUGGAGGACCAAUCUGACCUGGAGUGUGAGGAACAGCAGAUGGAAAAGCUCUUCAUGGACUGGCUGUAGUCACUGUUGUGUUAUAGCAAUGUGUGAUAAAGAGAAGCUCAAUGUGCAUUUUAUUUAUUCAUGUGAAGACCUUUUGGAUUAUUUCAUAUCUCAGGUGAAAGGACACUAAAGUUCUGGCUGCAGUGAAAGAGAAAGAGAAGAGGAGAUGAUGGUUAAAAAGAGGGCGCCUGUGUCACUCUGAACUCUGCGUGCAUCUCUGCCCUCAACACAUAUUUCCACCUUCUUGACUUUUAUGGUUACAGAGAAUCGCUCUGUUAAACUUUCCAUUAAGUCUCUCCAGACCUCUUGGAAAAUUACAACCUCCGUCACCCAGCCCCUCCUCGUCCACCACCUCUCUCUUUUACUCUUCAUGCCCUAAUCUGUUUGCUCUCUCCUUGUCUUUUCAUCUUUGAUCUCCAUCCUCAGCUUUGUUUCGUAUUUCCCUUCAUCUGUUUAUAGUGAGGCAGCACCUGUUCCCCUGACACCACAGGCUGCUCUCAGCCCCACACUGAAACCAUUUCCUACUCUCAUCCCACAUGUUGAGGUAAACUCUCACAUGUUCAGACAUUGCAGACAUUUUAUAUGGGGUCAAAUCAAAGCUAGCUCUUCAUUAAGAAAACAGGAACUGGUUAGUGAUGAUGCAAUGAAUAUGUCCUGUUACUUGGAUGACAUCUGACACGACAGAAACAGUGAAAGAUGGACGCACACAAAGUAUUCAUUCAUUCAAAAAGUGCUGGAGUCUUAAAAGGAGAACUCUGAUUUUCCUCCUCAGUUAUUGAAGGUUACUAAAGACUUCUCUCAGAGCUGUCUCUGAAGAUACACUUUAAACAAAACCUGCUCCAUGUGAUGUUACCUUAAAAAUGUAACGGGGAGCCGAUGCUACCUAGCUAGGUGACAGAUCCAUCAUUGGAAAAUUGUAUAUCUGAACUUUUGAAUUUCAACCCCUCAGAGCUGCGAGGUCCUGACGUCCACGGUGAAAUGAGAGUUCUGCUAAUUCUAUAUAUUUAAUCUAAUGUCAAUUCAAAUACGUUUAAAGUGACCGUCUCUCAUGAUCGACUAAUACUUCAAAACCCCUUUUUGCAACGAGGAGAAGCAAAUUCUUCAGUUUAACAAGGGACAACCUGUAAAAGAAUUGCACAUUCACAAUUAUUGCAGGAAAAAAGAAAAGAUGUGAGAAACCAGAUUCACAUUUUCCUUACAAAGAUGAAUCAUCUCAUUGGUUGAGUUCAUAAUUAAUGCACUUUUUCAGACACGUCAUACAAGUGUUUCACGGGUAGUACUAACAAUCUAAUCAGUGGAAUGCCCCUUUAAUACAUCUGCAUCCCAUUAAGGCUGAUUUAUACUUCUGCGUCGCCCCUAUGCACCUGUGCGUCAAUGUGUCCGUGUUGCGCAGCAAUUAUCCGCCUAUACGCUUGAGGGCAGUUUGGUCUCUCUGAUAGCCGGUCGCCUGCUUUCGGCCUCACUACGAUCUCUGUUUAAUUUUCCACAGAGAUUCAGAGUGUGUUAUGUUAAUCUACAGCUGAUACAUGUUGCUGUUUAUCAUACAGACAUGAUUACAGGGAACAAUAGAAUAGGGAAAUAGAAUGCCGCUGAGCGGACCAAUCACAGGGCUUGCAGUGCGUGUUAAUUCUACGCGUAGUUUCAUUUGGUGGAGGUGCACGUCAGCUACGUGCGUAGGCCUCUGUGUAGUUACGGGAGCUACGCUGUCCCUUCGACACAGAAGUAUAAAUCUGCCUUUAGCCCUGAACUUCCUUAUAUGUAUCUAAGGUAGUUUGAUAACAAGGCUCUUGAGCUUCACUCAGUUCACCUUAAACUGAGCUCUGCAAAGGCUUGUGUAUUUGGAUACCUGACACCUGCAGACACCUUGGGGUUGACCGGUCUCUUAGAAAGUCUUGCUACACCCCAGGCUCCUGGUCCUGUUAUGAUGAGCCUGAGCACAUAGUGUAUCUCUAUGUUUAUGAAUAAAGCAGGCCCUCAGAUGAUAUUUCAUCAGUGAUGUUGGGCUCCAGUGCAGAGACACGUCCUCCGUCUUACCCACACGGUCUUUAGGAUAUUUAAUCCGCUCUGGGCUCAGCAGGGGGAGACACUGAGCGCUGAACUUUGUCCUCCACUGGUGUCUCAUGUGUCUGACAGACUCAAUUAUUUACACAGUGAGCAGGGGCCUCUCAGGACAGCACAACAGAUGGAGACUAAGAGAUGGGAAUGGUUUCCAUUCUGGAUUAUUGAUCUAAGAAAUGACAGUCAGAGCUGUUGGAGCUUCACAUUUAAUAAAAUGUGUGUGAUGCUCUCAUCUGAAGAAUUGACGAUCAGAACCUUGUUAGUAUAAAGAUUAACUUAGUCAGAUAGUACUUAUAAGAUGGCACAUAUUUGGGAGUUAAAAGGCAGAUUGAUUUAAAUCAAUAUUGAUUGUGCAAUUAUGAUUUGAGAAUGAAGAGGAGGCUUUAUUCUAGGAGCUAACAGUGGGGAGAUCACUGCUAAGGUUUCCUGAAAUAGACCAAAUUAUUGAGCUUAAAUGCACAAUCCUUAAGACGUUUGCACUCAUUCAGAAGUUUGCUCAUUUUAAAGCAAAUGCUGGUAAAAGUGUCCGCUGUGCUUCAGAAGACUGAGCAAUAAGCACGAAAGAUAUCGACCACAGUGAUCCUGGUGUAAUUAAAGUUGGUCCAGAGCUUAAUCUGAAUUAAGCUGAAACCUUGAGUUUGACCCGUGACUCAUCCAUCAAAGGUCUCAUUGCUCUAAUGAUGCCCAGCUUUAUUAACCGUUUCACACUCAAUGGUACCAUAACGUUAAAGAUGAGCCUUAUGCUUGAACUCAUGAGGAGAAAACGGACUACAGCAGAAAAAACAAGCUGGGAAGAAGAGUAAUCACUCGUUCAUUUUUUAUGUCUUUUUGCAAUAUGUGCACAAAAACAUGCACACACUUGGUCCACUUCUUCUAAACAGUCUAAGUUAGGCGCACAUUCCCAAACAUCUAUCCUCAAGUCUUGAUCUAUUUCCAAUGAUGUCCAUUAAGUUCUGUUUUGGUUGUUGUUUUGAAUGCUUCAGUGACAUAUAAGGGUAGAAUGAACAGGUUUCUGUAGCUGGAAGAGUUCGGCCUGUAAGCAGAGUCAGGCAAAUGAUCUUAAGGUUGAAAUGAGACCAAUGACAGAUCCCUCUCCCUGCAAGUCUUAGUUUAAUGUAUUGUGCUAACCCAAGAAUUAGCUAAAGGUAGCUAAAACCUUUGCACUGUUGCCUGCGCUGACGAAUCAGUUCGGCAUGUUUUGUGACAGAAAGUGUGAGCGUAGAGUCAGGAUGAAAACCCUGAAGUUUGAAAGCUAUAUUUACCUUCUUGAGUCAAAUUUCUUAACAUAAACAGACACAAAGACGACAGAUCUUUCAUUCGCUAACACACUGGGUAAGGUGAAGAUAAGCCAAACAUGAAGGUGUAAAACAUUCAGUGAAGUUAGUGAAAAUCUUCCCCCCGUAAAGACUGAUAUAUGAAUCUGUAUCUGUCACACUUGAAUCCUACACAGGCUGCCUGGAUCUGUUCCAUGCUAGUUGAAGAAAUGUCACUCCCUCGUUGAGUUAAAGUUGUUUUAAUACAGGGUUUAUUUAUUGAAGGAAUAUUACUUCUAAUGUUCACGUUUCCAAGCAUUCAUUUCUCUAAUCAUACCAAAAUGGUUAGCUUCAGAGGGUUUGCAUUGCAGUUCAUUUGAGCUAAACUGUGUUUGUGUGUGAAUGUACUAACUUAAUUUUAAGAAACACUGUACAGAUAACUGAUUUUUUUUUCUUUGUAUGCUUAUAUUUACUUUUUGUAAAAGCUUGAGCGCUGUGUAAAUGUACUCAUCCACUGCUAAAGGAGAUGCUACGUCAGUGUGUGUGGCCAGCAGAGAUGGAGGAUGUAAAUACUGUAAGAAAUACUGUGAAAAGCUUACUGUACAGUAAUCCUUCACACCUCUGUAGGGAGAAGACUUAUUUAACAGUUGUCAGUAAAUAUUUCCAUUAAAAUGCAUUAAAAUGAA